GUUUCUUAGUUCCUCAUAAACAUAGGGCAGAUACUACACUAUAGCUAAAUAUAUCCUUUCAUCCAUAUGAUAAAAGACUAAAAGUUUUGGAGUGAUGGACAAGGUUCAAAGUUCUUUCACCUUUCUAGUUUUGUUUUUAAUGGAAUGCCCACUUCUUUUAUGCUUGCCUUAUGGAGCUCUGAGACCUACUAUGCCCAAGCAAUUCCCAGGGCAUAAUGGUAGUAGGAAAGGUGAUACACGUAACCGUAUAAAGAACAACCAGAGUUUUAUAGCACACUCAACACCCACGAACACCGACACCUGGAAUGCAGCACUGAUUUCGCACAGACCUGCUCUUGUUCAAGUAAUUAUAAUUGCGUGUGUAGCCUUUACCAUUGCCCUGAUAUGUGGAAUCGUUAUUUCCUAUGUGAUAUAUCGGCUGGUCCAGGCUGAGGAAAGACAGCAGCUGGUGUGGCUCUAUAACAAUGUCAGGAUACCAUUCCUGGGAGAUGGUGACGACGGUGUCAACGAUGACAAAGAGGCCUCGGAGGAUGGGAGCCUGGAUGAGUCCACCUCCCUACUUCCAGAGAAUGAGGAGGAGCUGGAAAAGUUCAUUCACUCAGCUAUCCCAAGGUUUGUAAUCUGCCAGUGUCCUUACUGCCUCCAACCUGAUUUCCAAACGAUUGCCACCAUUCCCAUCAUCACCGAGGCAGACGAUGCAGAAACUGGACCCUGGGUCAGCUUUCAGACAAGCCAGAACACGGCAAUCAAGCCCCACUGUUUUCCUUCCUUCCUGGACUUCUGUAGACCUCUAAGUGAUGCAUAAGUACUCGUAAAGCUAUUUUGAUCAGCAUGUUUUGUUUAUUCAGUGUUUUUAAGGAUAGUAAGGGCCUGUAGAUUCCGAGUCUGCCAUUUAUUGAUGUCACUCUGGUUUAAGAUUAAACUUUCAAAAUUGUUUUUCUUAUUGGCAUGGUUGGCUUUUUGGAAUUCUUGUCAUCUAUACAAAAGGUUUUCACUUUUGAGUGAGAUGAUUUCUAUCUCACUAAUUUGUAGGACUUCUUUAUUAAAUGAUUUAAUUAUUUAUAUAG